CCUGUCUCAUGUUUCGGGUCUUCCCGUCAUGAUUACUCGUAUGGACCAUACGACAGUGCGAAAGAUGCUGUAAUGCGGUUACGCUAUCUAAGACCAGCUUUUGAACUGCGGGAACAGUGGUCAUACAACAACCAGAUGUUCAUGGUGGCCUCACACAUCAUCGAAACUUAUUCCGGACAAACCUACACCUCUUUUGUGGAGGAUCGGAUAUUCACGCCCCUAGGAAUGUUCUUUUCCACCUUCUCACCAGAAAGCUGGGAAGACGGGAAAAUUCACACAGGGAUGGACUGGCAGUGGCAGGCUCCUGCCUGAGUGGUUCACAGAAGAGAUGGCGAUGCUGAAGGCCGGUCCAGGUGGUGUAAUCUCGAACGCCAUAGACAUGUGUUGUCGUCGUCGUCCAGU